AUGUACGAUAUUCGAUGUGCAUUCUGUUUAUUGUUUUUAAUAUUUUCAUUGGAUAAAGUGGACCUAUUGGAAAAUGGUUUGGCUCGCACGCCUCCCAUGGGGUGGAUGUCAUGGGGAUAUUAUAUGUGUGGAGUUAAAUGUGAGGAUGGCGAGGAAAAAUGUUUAAAUGAACAGCUAGUAUUGUCAGUAGCGGACAGUUUUUACAAAGAUGGCUACCAGGAAGCAGGGUUUGAGUACAUCAUAAUUGAUGACUGCUGGUCUGAAAAGCACCGGGAUGGGAAUGGAAGGCUUGUAGCUGACAGAAAGAGGUUUCCACGAGGAAUGAAGUUUAUUGCUGAUUAUAUCCAUGCUCGAGGUUUAAAGUUUGGCAUGUACACUAAUGUAGCAAAUAUCACAUGUAUGAGAUACCCAGGCUCUCUGAGUCACAUGGAGCUGGACGCUAAGACAUUUGCAGAGUGGGGAGUAGACUACUUAAAAGUGGAUGGAUGCUUUGUAUCUGAAAACAUUCUGAAUGAAGCUUACAUAAAACUGGGUAAAUAUUUGAAGAAGACUGGAAGGCCUAUGGUGUACUCGUGCAGUUGGCCGUACUACAUACAAUAUAUUCAUGAGAAACAACCGGAUUACAAAGAGAUAGCUCAGUACUGCAACCUGUGGCGUAACUACCACGACGUACAAACGUCCUGGGAAGCCGUCGCGAACAUCGUACGACACUACCGGAGCAAUUAUUACGAGCUCGCGCCAUCACACGGUCCAGGACAUUGGAACGAUCCUGAUAUGUUAAUAUUUGGUACGGGCGUGUUAACACACAGUCAGAGUCGCAUACAACUGACUGUAUUCGUAAUGAUGUCCGCUCCACUACUGCUCAGCUGUGAUAUGAAGAAAAUCACCCCUUAUGAGAAGUCACUGCUACAGAAUAUGGACCUUAUGGCCAUUGCACAAGACCCAUUGGGUAUUAUGGCUAAACCUCACCAUGUAGCAGAUUGCACGCUCUGGAUAAAGCCUCACCUGCCUCGCAAGGGGGAUCAGUUCCCGUCGUACAGCCUCGCCGUCAUGAACCUGGACUCAGACGCCAGCCACGUGUCCUUCAGACUGAAUACAUAUAACCUCAAUGCUACUGAUGGAUAUACUAUAUUGGACGUGUUCUCCGGCAAGUUCAUUCGAAACGUGACGUAUGACGAUAAGAUUGAACUCACCGUUCCGGGAUUUGAUGUGAUUUUAUACACCCUGUACCCGCUUUAA